AAAAUACCCACUUCGUCUGCAACUAUUAUGAGAUAGUCAACUUUGAAUAGAGAGAAUGAGAAUGGGAAGUGAUUCGCUUGUCGUGUUUGGGAGACUCUUAGGUUUAGCAAUCGCAGUUGUGGUUGUGUACUGGUUUCUUUUGUUCAAGUCCAGCUUCGCCCCUCGUAAAGGCCUCACAAAAACUACAAUUCAUGCUCUGCUGAUGGUGAUUGGCUUUAUUCUUGUAAGUGGAGAAGCGAUUCUGAUACACAGAUGGUUGCCUGGUUCAAAGAAAACGAAGAAAGCAGUUCAUCUAUUGCUACAAGGAGUGGCAUUAGUCUCUGCAGUGUUUGGAAUGUGGACAAAGUUCCAUUAUGAAUCUGGAAUUUUCUCUAAUUUCUACAGUCUCCAUUCUUGGAUGGGCUUACUCUCCGUUUCUCUCUUCGCUAUCCAGUGGGUGACUGGGUUCUUGAGCUUCUGGCAUAGAGGAGAAGUACGGGAAACGAGAAGCACGUUUCUUCCAUGGCACGUCUUUCUCGGACUCUACAUCUACGGUCUAGCCAUUGCCACCGCUGAGACUGGGCUACUUGUUAAGCUCACACACCUUCAGACCAAGAGAAACCUCCCGAGACACUGUGCUGAAUCAGUGGUCCUCAAUGGUGUAGGGCUCGGCUUGGUUCUACUAUGUGCCAUUGUUAUUGCUUCGGCUGUUUUGCCAAAGUAUCAGAAGAGCCAUUCUGGUAAUGAUAAACUCGUUUAUAAAUCUCAAGACCAUCCCAAAUGUUUGGCUUCUUGACUUGUCUUUUUCUAAUUUUGUGUUUUAUGUUUUGAUCUUGGGGACAAACUUGAAACUACACGUCUCUGGUA